AUGGACUCAAUAUCCAGCAACAGGGAUGAGUGGUGUCAAGAACUGGAAGAUGAACGAAUGAUAUCGAACAGCAAGCAUUGCAGAAGCCUCGUCGUCACAAACAGAGAUGGAAGGCGAUGUGUUGAGAAGCGAUACUCAUUGGAAUUCCUUGAAGAGAAGAACAUUCAUCUUGAAGACCUGAAUAGAAUGGUCGGGUUGCUCAAGGAAUUGAGGCAUCCAAACAUAAUUCGGGUGCGAGAGAGCUUCCACAACACAAUGUAUUGGAUCCUGGUCAAAGAGUUUUCGAAAGCAAAGACGCUGGAGCAGCUGAUAUGCGAAGAGAAUGAUUUGUCGAGGAAGAAUGUCAUGGUGUUAGCGGAUCAGCUCACUUCAGCCCUCAAAUAUCUCCACAAGAUGGGCACCCCGCACGGAAACCUGAAACCCAGCAACGUGCUGGUGGCGGAGGAUUGUCACCUGCAUGUCUGUGACAUGCAGCUCUCUAGCGAGCUCUGCCCUCCGGAAGCAAGCAUGGUCUACUGUAGCCCAGAGAGAUUCCAAGACGGGAAAGCAUCGUUCCACGACGAUGUUUGGGCUAUGGGGUGCGUGUAUCUUGAGAUGAUACUGUUGGAGGUCUGCAAGGAAUCGUUCUGGAAGGUUGUCAAUGGUCAGGUUGAGCUGAGGGACAAUUUGUUGGGCAAGAUCUACUUGUUCUCAAGCUGCUUCGGGCUGAUCAUCAAGAGGCUGUUGAGCGUCGAUGUUCACUUGAGGCCCACAACGGAGCAGGUCGAGACGCUCCUGUCCGUGUACAACAACGUAGAGGAGCCUUACCAGCUCUGCUGCCCUAUCAUGGGAGUGAUGUACCGAGAUCCUGUCUUCGUGCCUGGAUCUGGCAACACCUACGAGCGCAGCGCCAUCCAAAGUUUCUGGCGGAACAGAACCCCUGGCACGAGGCCCCGAGACCCUCUCACGAACAUCGACCUGCCGACGGAGACUGUCUACGUCAACUGGGACAAGAGGAGAGAGGUUGCUGCAUGGCUGGCUGAGCAUGCAGACUACGUGCCGUACGGAUGGUCUAGCAGGUGCGACGUGCCUCCAGUAGAAUCUCGAUUGGGAGAUGCGUUGGCUGGAACAGCUCACUUGCAGCCGGGAGGGGUCUUGGGAUACAACUUGUUGUGGUUGGCAGACGUUCUUGUGCAGAAUUCUUCGAUUCUGUUUCUGCUCCUUGCAACCGUCUUCUACGCCCUGGGCUUGCACGAGCUGUCGCAGUACGAUUGGAUGAACUGCCCCAACGACAAGUCGAUGGCGGAGAGUUCAGCUGUCAUGGAGUAUCCGGUGCCCAAGGGGAGCCGGCUUCAGAUCCUGGAGGUCUCCUCAUGCUCCGAGCACCAGCUCUCGGUGAAGGUGCCAGCAGCCAACCUCUUCGACUUUCACUUCGACCGCUUCGGGAUCUCCCUCAUCAUCCUCGGCGUCGUCUGGCUGUGGACGCGGACAGCGUGCAAGGUCAACGCUCCCCUCCCCUUCAUCAUGUGCUCCGCCCCUUUCUGGCUGGUAGGCAGCCACCUGUUCCGUGACUCGCUCCGUCCUCUCUACGAAGACAUCGACCUCAAGGUCGGGCCGGGGAUCCUUGAGAUCAGCUCCACCCUCUUCGGGCUGGCGUGCCGGACGAGGGCGAUGCAGCUGAGGGACGUGCAGGCAGUGAGGCAGAGCUCGGGGAUGCAGCGGAACGACGAGCUGCUGAGCGAGCUUGAGAUCCAUCAGGGAGCACGAGUGCACAGGUGGGGGACUGUGCUGUCCUCCUUGGAGGUGCACUACGUUAAGAAGGUGGUGGGGGAGUACAUCAUACGGCAGGAGGAGGAGCUCAGAGAUGGAUGCAGCAGACAGCAAGCAGGAGGGGGAGGGUGCCGCUGGUGGCUGCAGACCAACGAGGAGCUGAUGAGGCAGUUUGCGGAGGGCCGCGAACAGGCUUCGUACGAGAGGAUGUGAGGGCGUGUAGAGGACGAGGAUGUGUGACGACGGUAGUGAAGUGAGAUGUUGUGAAGUGAGGUUCUGUGAGACUUGUACAUGGUGACUUGUUACUUUGAAAGUUUUUGCAUGCUAUACUUAAUGAAGGUUGAGCUCU